AUGGUCAAUUUCGCAGAGCUCAAAGCAAAGGCAGAGAAGGCCAAGGAUGCCGGGGUAGCUAAAGUCGUAAACACUAAAGACAGAUACUCGAGUAUAUCUUCCUCCAAGACCACCUGGGACCCGAACUGGAAGCGUGGAACACCACGUUCCUCCACUUCCUCUCCGCCACCGCCGCCUCCACCACGGCCCACAGGUGCUCAGGGUCGUGGAGUAGUUAACACGGACGAAUUGCCCCCCUCACCAUCACGGAGCUCACGUCCUGGUACCACCAUCUCGCCGGGAGACGUAACCCCUAACCCCUCUCCUGUCCAUCUAAACUCCCCGCCACCAAAACGAUCCUCUAGCGGUUAUCCACCAAACCACAAACGGACGAACAGCUAUGCCGACAACACAAUGGAUAGAAUAGAUUGGACGAAUCUCAGUGCGGAUGAUAAAGAGGAGUUCUUCCGAUGGUUGGAUGAAUUCUUCUCCCGAUACUUGAAUGUCGAGCUAGGUCCGAGGACGUCUCGGGUGCCGUCUUCGCCCUCACUUACCGAGACUUCUGUGCGCCCGUCUGCGGCAAGAUCAGGGCCACCACCCGUGAAUACUGCUACCCGCCCGCACGCCUUCUGA